UGUAACACCAAGACAUAACAGCUCGUACCUGCCGUCCGUUAUGCAUCCUGGUUCACUUCAGUCAGCCACACAGUUGGAGCUUGCGACGCCAUGCACCCGCAUCGUUUGCGGCCUCUCCUGACUCCGACGUCAGCCUGCCACAGAGUUGAGCUCGAGCGCCACGCCGUGCAGGGAGGUCGGUAUCGUGCUCAUGCGCAUCGACCGCAAUGCAGUGGGCUUGAGGUUGUUCGGAAGAGGGCGUGGCAGGCAUGUCACAUCUUCUAGACCUUGCAGUGUCGCCAGGAUGGACAUUGUUCAAUCAAUCAUGCUUUAGAGACGACGGACAAAGGAGUCAUCAUGGCCGCAAUCCAGGGUGACCCGUUCCUCAAGCCUGGCACUGCGGUCAACACCAUAUCAUCGUCAAACAACUGGGCCACCAUCCUGGCCAACGAGGGUCUCUCGGUCACGGAAACUACAGAUGCCAACGUAACGGACGUGGGAGGCUCAAAACUCGCCAAUGUCUCUCUGGCUUCCGGAAGCAUUCCGGGGGUGGUCUAUGCGAGCGAAUUGAACUAUGACUACUUCCUCGAGACAUACCCCGAGUCCAUCGCUGGUCAGCAAUGGAAUGCCGCAUGGGCAGGUGACUCAGGUGGAUCGGGUGUGUUGCUCCUAAGAGCUCCAGUAAAUCCAGCAACCGGGCCGACGCUACGAGCAGUCUUGCAGACGUUUAAGGUGGAUCUUAGCAGUGGCAGCAAGAUCGCCCACCUCGUAAACGCAAUCGACACGUCGAAUGCUUUGACAAUCGUAGUGUCCGCGCCCAAAGCAGCGGUCUCUGAUGCAGCCCCGACUUCGGGUCUCUGGUGCGUCGUCGAUGUAGACACGUAUCAGAUCACCCAGCGCGUUGCUUUUGACUUCCAAUCGAGCAUAAUACAGAGCUUGGUAAGCUGGAUCGAAAAGGAGCUAACUAUCACGGUGAACCCUUCUGCUCUUGCUCAAGCCAAACCACAGGUGAUCGCCACAACGUCUACUGGAUACCAGAUCAAUGCCCAACGGGGAUUGGGUCAACAGACAUCGACUCCACAGAUCUCGUUCACGUUCACGAUGGGCCAGUUCCAGCUCUACCUGGACCUUACAGCGCAGACAUUAUCCGUGACCCUCACACCAACGACUGGUAUGAGUGUCAUAUCCAUGGUCACCAGUGCAUUUGCUUCAGCGCCGGAUGCUCCCACCUCAUCCAUGCCAGAUGACACCCAAACAAACGAUCCCUUUGUAGCUUUCUUUGGGAAUUCGUUCUAUCCGUGGUAUCUUCAACUUAGUCGAGACACCGACAAUAGAACGGCAUCCAUCGACUGGGCGGUCGGGGUCCUUAUCGUUAAGCAAACAACGGGCGGACCGCUUAUCAUCGGGUUGACCUACGACUCGGCCUCCAAAACCUUCUUUGGGCAAUUGAUAACACACGAUUACCUCUACAACCCCGUCAAUCUCCGAUCUCCUUUGUACGAUGCCCGAUAUAACGUCAUGAAUACCAUCAUCUUGGCCCUCGGCACUCACGACUUGAGCGCGAUCAAGGACGGUAUCGAUCUUUGGGCGCUUGUUUCACCGCAAAGCAUACCACCCAAAGAAAUCCCGCAUUUUCUUACAGACUGCGAAGUGAGCCUGACGAAAUUCGGUGAUGGAACGACUGAGCAGCCGAAAACGAGCAUGUUCAGCUUUGCUGCUGCCCUAAGUCUUGAUGGCGAUGAGAGAUACGGAAGCAGUGUUCCUACUGGAUUCUCAUGGACCACAGCCAGCGUCAACGUUGUGCUGCAGAGCGUUGCCAACCAAGACACGCUCUACUCCAUCAACGUUUCAUCUUCCUUCGAAUUCAAGGCAACUUCUGGUGGUGAAGCAGCCACUGCACUCAUCACCGUGCUUUACAACAACUUCAGUGGCCCUUCUACUUGGCUAUUAACGUCAUCCAUCAACGAUCUGUCUGUCGGCUUGCUGAGCGAUUUCUUUGACCCUACGGUGCGUGGCGGAGCCAUGGCAAUACUAGACAAGCUUACUCUCCGUUCCCUUAACAUCGUCUACGCCUAUUCCAGCGGCGUCGCGAGCUCUUUCUUCAUGUUCGGCGUGCUGCUGUUGGGGGAACUGGAGCUGGACCUCCUCUUCCAAUACGUGGGCACGGAGUCUAAAGACAAAGAAGCUACCGCCUACGACACAGUUAUGGGAUCUAAGGAUGGGAAAGGCAGCCUUCCGCCUGCAGCGCAGGGUAGCAGCAACAUUCCCGAGAACAGCGCUAGCAAACGGCUUCCGAGUGGUACCAAAUACUUUCUGUUUGAGGCCAAGCUCCGCACAACAUCCACCGCAUCGACCAUUGGGUCAGUCCUGGAGAGCAUCGUGCCAGGUUCUAGCACUGCUCUGCCACAAUUUGUCUCCGGUAUACCCAUUGAUCCCACUGGCAGCGGUCAUGACCUUGCCGACCUUGUGUUCAAGCACGAUUCCGAGACAGGGUCCACGCUGUGUGUUUCAGUCAACAUUGCUGGGUUUGAGUUUGACUUCGUGCAGUUCAAGACCAUCGCUAGUCCCGACAACAAGACUCCCGCCAGUAUCAAGAGGCUCCUCCGCUUCACAUGCGACAAGAUUCCCAUGAUGAACGAUGUGCCGCUUAUUAAGCAACUGCCUCAGCCAUUUGACAGCUUUCAAUACCUCUGGGUGAGCGACGAUCAGACGGUACUCGCUAAGCAGGGCAUUACCAAGGCGGAUCUUGCCAACUUGCCUUCUCCUCCUGUCCCACCCAUACAGUACAAGAAAGCGAAGAAGGACGAUGACAAUCCCGAAGACGUAGUCUUGGCCGUUGGGCAUCAUUUCGUUGUAAUCGUAAGCGGUAAAGUAGUCUUGGAUCACGUGUUUGGGAGUGCCGCUGCCGCACCGCCGAUGCCAACGGAAGUGGAUUUAACAUCCACAAAUGUUGUCACUAACAGCUCAGAGGUCGCGCCAUCAACCGAGGGGAACCCGACAAAGGGCGACGUCCAGCUGAAGGCUGGACCUCUAAGUGUGUCAGCGAUUAGUUUCCAAGUGAAGACUGGUCAUCUUUUGAUUAGUCUGGACGCCUCGCUCAACUUGGGCGCCAUUUCAAUGUCAGUCGUUGGCUUCACCAUCGACGUUGACCUCAACAAGAUCAAGUUGAACGACCUGAGUUCGCUCACAGCAGCAGCGGUCGGAGACACCAUCGAGAAGGUUCACAUCAGCCUGCACGGCCUGGCCGUCGGCUUAGAGCGUGGUCCGAUCACACUCAAUGGUGUCUUCGAGCACGAAGGAGACGCUGCCGUGGAAGUGUACCGUGGUGGAGUGGCCGUGGGAUUUAAAUCCUGGCAGAUUCUGGCCGUGGGAGAGUACAAGAUCAUCAAGCAGCCGACAGCCUAUCGUGCUGUAUUCGUCUACGGCAAGCUCGACGGUCCUUUAGUUGAGCUUGAGUUCGCCACCAUCUCGGGCGUCCGGCUUGGGUUUGGGUACAACUACAUGAUUCGUAUGCCUACCGUGAACGAACUAUACAGCUUCCCUUUCAUCAGCGACACUGGGCUUAGUGGAGCUGGCAACGACCCGAUGGUUGUUCUCAACGCCAUCACUGCAGGACCGUCACCUUUCGUGUCCGCCAGCGAAGGAUCAAUGUGGUUCUGCGCUGGUAUGACCAUUACUGCCUUUGAUCUGGUGACAUUGACCGCAGUGCUCAUGCUAGAGAUCACGACGAGCGCCGACAGCACAAGCACCGCCGCGGCCUCAGAGGGAGUGGUCAUGGCACUGCUUGCCGACGGUAUCUUCCAGAUGGAGCCAUUGGCGCCACCGGAAGCGACGCUCUUUUACAUCGAGAUCGUCCUCAAAGUCGAGUUAAACUUCGCCCAAGGAUAUAUUGCCGCUGAUGCUGCGCUGGCUCCGGCUUCUCAUGUCUACGUACCCCAGGCUCACCUGACCGGCGCCGCAAGCUUUUACUCUUGGUUCGGCAGCAACCCGUACGCUGGUGAUUGGGUUGUCAGCGUUGGUGGAUACGCCCGAUCAUAUACUCCGCCGCCUCAUUAUCCCGUCCCGGACCGUAUUCAGCUCAGCUUCGUCGUUGGCGACAACAUCCAAAUCAUCGGUACCGGUUACGUUGCCGUGACUCCACGGUGCGCCAUGGCCGGAGGCACGUUGCAUCUUUCUCUUGGUGUGGGACCUGUCUCUGCGUACGCCGACGUUGUGAUGGACGCCUUUAUCAACUUCAAGCCUUUUCAUUUCCACGCCUCGAUCAGUUUAAGCGUGGGCAUCGAAUGCGAGAUUGAUAUUCUCUUCAUUCACAUCCAUGUCUCCGUCCACGUCGGCGCUGAUCUGGUGCUCUGGGGACCGAAUGAGUUUGGAGGCACGGCACACGUGGAUUUCUGGUUCUUUGGAUUUGACAUCGCUUUUGGCGGAGGCGAGACCCAAGCUACGGACCCUGUUUCGCUGAUCGACUUUCUCGGGCUUCUGCAAACGGGUGGUCCACAAUCCGCACCGAGAAGCACAGAUGCCAUCUCGGGAAGCCCCAACGACGACAAUAUUGCACUGCACAAAUGGACGGUAGAGGCUGGCCUCAUCCCAGCUGAGGCCCCUGCUGCUGCUGCCGAUAAUUCGUUUCCCAAUACCGGCACUACGUACGUUUGGGACGUUGAUCCAGCCAGUUUGGUCAUGCGGGUAGACGUGAACUUUGCACUGACAGAAGCACGGUUCGCAACAAGUCUGGACGGGUCGUCAUCUGACCUGAUCGCUGUCGUGGACAAGACUGUUUCCGGGGUUUAUGCGAUGCCGAUGCAUUCGCAGCAGCCUGCUGAUUCUGUUCUCACCAUCACCAUCGCCAAAGACAACAUAAUCCAGAAGGAUUGGCGUGCCGAGUUGGUGUUCAAACCCGGGCCUCCAGCCCUAUGGUCACACACCGCCUGGACGUCUGCCGAUGACCCUUUGUGGGCUGCUGUAUCCGGUGGCCCACAACCAGCAGCUGUCCGUGACGGCAAUCUUCCGGCCUCCCUUGCAUUGGCGCUGGGCGUGAGACUGUACGCACCUGAACCAAUGCGGGCGCGGAGCAAGAUUGUUCGAUUCGAUGUAUCGUCCGCGAAUGUGGCCGUUCUGCACGCUACGAAGGAUGUAGCUCUUGAAGUGGACGAUCUGGCGUUGGCUGCAGCCCUUUUCGAACCAACCGAGACGAGACUAGAGACGCGCUGGAUUGAUUUCGGCAACGCUUUGGCUGCAGUACAGAAUGACACUCGCUUGAAUCUUGCGCAGAUCAGGGGAGCGUUGGCGAGUCAGAUCAGUGAUACUCUUGAAUGGGAUAUACGACCAGUCGGUGCAAGUGUGGACGAUCCAGAUGCCCUCGAUGCUCAGUGGAUACUUUUGGGACUCAGCCCGGCACGUUUAGCAGCAGACCUGGGCAGGCAGUGGCCAGAAUUGCCUUUUGUUGCAGUCACCGCUUAACAAACAAGAGAAUCGAUGAACCUGGUAUAGCUACGUAUUCAGUACAGUCACGGACUUCGUGCUGGCGCACAGUUCCGCAACAUUCGCCUCUCGCCCAAGGCUCAAAGCAGCUUGCCGAUAUGCGGCCCUCGAAAUGCGGCGCCCACCACACAUGCACAAACAAUUGCGCUUACCCAAGCAAUUGUUGCAUAUUGUGUCAGCCCGACGUCCAAUGUCCACUCAUUGGCGGUGAAAUUAUCUUCGCCUGGUAUCGCUGCGCCUGCGAUGAGCGCC